CCGGAAAUGGCCGACAAUCGAGUGACUGAAUUACUUUUUUGUUGUUUCAUGUGAAUAUUCUGCAUCAAUUGCUAAUUUGUCAAAUAGAAUCACCACAGAUUUGUUAUUAAUUUGUUAGUUGGUGUUUUGGAAAAAGAGAAAAUGUGAAAUUCCACUAAGAAAACAGUGGUAGAUCUAGUUGCGAUUUGCGAACUGGGAGAUCAUUCCAAAAAAAAUAGAGAAACAAAAUAAAUAUAGCAAAACUUUGUCAGGACAACUACUAACAGCAAACUGAAUUUCCUGUGAAAGAAUUGAUUUUGUUGGCCUAAGUUAAGAACAACUAGCAAAAUGUCUCGAGCUGCUGUUUCAAAGUCCCGAGCAGAAAAGGGGAAACCGCCAGCCUCCCAGACACCAGUUAUUACACAAGAGAUUGUUCCUGGCAAAUUUUUUGACAAUGAUUGGAUGACAAUGUUAGAAAAAGAAUCAGACGAGGAAUUUGUAUUAGAUAUUGUGGAUGAAGUUAUCGGACGAACAAUGAAUACCAUUCAUGAACGAUACAUUGAAAAACAAAUUCUACCAUUUACCAUUAGCCAAGCUAAAGAAGCCAUUGUCCAAAUUAUUGAGUGGCAGUUUUUAAUGAGAGAUGAAGGUGAACGAUCAGUGGAAUUUGAUGCUGGAUGGCAGCAAGAUGAAGAGCCAGAACCAGCUGUGACAGAUUGUUGGGCCCAGGGUGCUGUACCAAAACGAUUUAUUAAAACCCAGAUUACUCCAAUACCAGAGAUUGACGAGGAACCUGCUAUUGAUACAGAGGAAAUUGAACCAGAAAUGACAAAGGAGGAAAUAUUAGCUGAAGAUCCUCCAGAAUUAGAAGAUAAAGUGUCUGAUGAUGAGGAAGAUGAUGAAGAAGAAAAAAAAGAAAAAGUGGAAGAAGCACCCAAACCACCAGAGCCAAAUAAAAAGAGGGUAAAAUACCGUCCACAUCGUGGUCCUUUACGAUCAGCUGGAGUCAGUCGAAUAACAGAAUCAUUAGAAGAAUCAGAAAUGAAUUUACUAACAAAAGAACUGAUGAAUAGUUUUGUACCUGAAGAUCGUGGUAGUGGAUUAUUUACAAUGCCAGUUUCCUGUCACUCCAUUCUCAAGGCACAAGCAGGUCGACCACCGGGAAAUAAAGAUGUUAUUUAUGAUGAUUGUGGUAAUGUUGUAUCAGUGGUAAAAAUUGAUCCUGAUAAACUACCACAACACAAAGUAAGAGUUGGAUAUAAAAUAGUAGAUCCUACAGUAGAAGCUAAUCAAGCUAGACUAGAGGCCAUGAGACAUGGUCGCUUUGUAACACCUGGUAAAAUAAUCUCCAAAUCUUCUUCAAUGAAACACAGUAAAACUGAUGGUGUAUCUCCCUCAGUCAGUAAAACUUCAAAACAAGCCACCAUUACCCCUCUACCACCUCCACUGAUUGAUGCUAUAGAUGUAUCAUCUGGUGUUAUUGUUAAAGAAGCUGGUAGAAUAAGAAAAGGUCCAGGCAGGUUCAUAAGAAGAAUUGAUCUUAUUACAGAUAAUCAAAAUAUGAAACCAAUUUCUACCAAAAUUAUUAAUCCAGCUAUUGAUGUUGCUGAUAUUCUGGAGCGUCAUACACCCAUCGUUCGACCAAUCAGAGACUCCCCGCCACUUCCACCCAUCAUGCCACACCCUCCAGUUCAAUAAUACAAAUCUGCCUCUUUUCAUGUGCUUGAUAUAAAUUUGAAAUUUGUUGAAUGUAAAAACUAUGAAAUUUUUUGAAGAUCCCAAUAAUUUAUACUCAAUUAUUUCUGUAGCAGAAUUCAGCCAACAAAGAGACAUGUUAAUUUUUUUGAAACACCUGAUGCCACUUCGUUUAAUUAGACAAAAGAUUUUGUGGAAUAAUAAACAAAGGCCCUAUUAGCUUCUAUUAAUAAGUUUUAAGGCUUUGCUUUGUAAAUUUGCUUUUAUUGUGAAUAACAGCCUAUAUCUGCAUAUUAUAUAUAUUUUUAUGAUGAAAUUCAAAUUUCUUCAUUUAUUUAAAUCAGCAUUAUUUUGAGGUUUGAUCUUGAAGGCUACAAUUAUUUUAUUAUGAAUCAAGAUAUUGUAAAUUUAUCAAUUUUUAAAGGGAAUGUACUGAUUGUAAAUGUUUGUAGAUAAUUGUAUAAGUUAUUAAAUUUAAAGCUGUGAUAUACCGAACUGAAUCGGUUUUAUCAUUUACCAGAAUAUUGAGUGUUGAAGAAUUAAAUUUCCCAGUUACUUUGGGUAAGAAUUGCCACUGCA